AUGAAAAUGACGUCGUACUUUCCAAAUUCUCCAAUGCAAAUCACUGACCUACCGAACAUCAUUAUAAUCAAGAUAUUGGAGUUGCUGCCAUAUCAUUCAAGGAUCUCAUUUGGAUCAUGCUCGAAGAAAAUUCAAACGAUUGAGCACGAAACGCACUAUCGCGUUUUGAAAAUCUCAAUGCAAGAUGUUUUCGACCAAAAUAAGAUGCCGCGUAAAAAGCAAAUCGUCAUAACAAUUACCCGCCCUUUUGAACGUCCAUACAUCAUACGAUUCCUCAAAAAAAGGAACGACACCAGAGUCUACUUGGGUCUCAAGAGCGAUGCCUAUCGCAGUAUUCGUUCUGAGCCGUACACGUGGAUUUUGAAGAACACUGACUUUGUUGGGAAGGCAUUAGCCUUCUACGAAGGAUUGACAAUGCGCUCAAGAGUGUUUUCCGGUCAAAGUUCGUUGAAAUUUGCGCAAUUGGGACUCGAAUACCCAAUGAUUCUCGAUAUGCUCAGAAUGGAUCGAAUCGAUGUUCUUGAGGUGGGAGUCCACACAAUGGAUCAGAUGAAUUAUGUGCUCGAUCGCUUGCAAGAUCUUCGACUCAAUAUCAAAGUGACUGAAUUAUUUAUGAGCUCAGACUCGGAAGUUUUCGAUGCUCAACUUACCUAUUGCAUGCAUUCGCAGCCGAAUUUCCGUAGGAAGCAUGUCAACUUCAUUGCGCAUCAUGAAAUCACGAUGGAGUAUUUUUUUAGUUUAAAAUACACAAGAAUGUCAUUUUUGUAUUCUUCGAUCAACUCAUGGGCGAUCAACUACUUUAUAAAGCAAUGGAUGGAGGGCAAUGGAAUAGCGGGCUUCCAACUAUUGGAAGUUAUCCCAAGAGAUCCACUUAAUGAGCGGCAUAUUUUGCGGGGAAUCACUUUUUCCAGAUGGAGUGUAAAUGGCAACUUGCCAAGAGUUGUUCGAUCGCUGGUUAAUCGCGAGCAAGAAGCGCAAAAUUGUGUGCAAAUUGAAUCGUCGAAUGGAGAACACACGGCAACAUUGGUGGUCAUGGAAAAGCAUAUCAAAUUUGCGGUGACUGGCAAAAUGUUAGCGGAUGGAACAAUCGAAUUUGGAUUCCCUAACUAA